AAAUCUUUGUAAUUUAAAGCAAAAUUAUCGAUCUUUCCUUACAAUCGAAGCGAAAAUGGACUCUGAUUUGUGGACUACGCGUCUCUUAGCUGCCUCCAGGCGAUAUCAAUCUCGAUCUGCUCACGAAGGAGGUGAUGUCGAUGGUGAUGAUGAGUCGCGGCCGGAGUUUCUUUGCCCGUUCUGUGCCGAGGAAUUCGACGUUGUCGGACUUUGCUGCCAUGUCGAUGAAGCCCAUCCUGUUGAAGCUAAGAAUGGGGUAUGCCCAGUUUGUGCAAAAAGAGUGGGGAUGGAUUUGGUUGGCCAUAUGACAGUGCAACAUGGAAGUCUUUUAAAGGUGCAGCGCAAGAGGAGAUUCCGUAAAGGUGGAUCUAAUUUGACAAUUUCUACAUUGAGAAAAGAACUGCGCGAAAGAAAUAUACAAUCUCUUCUUGGGGGAUUUCAGUCCUUGGUUUCAUCCUCCAGUACAGAACCUGAUCCAUUGUUGUCUUCAUUUAUGUACAAUCUUCCUGUGGUUGAUGAGCCUGCAAGAGUAAAACCCAAAUCUUCAGUGGAAGCAAGCUCGGUGAAGGAAAGCUCUAUUGAGGAUUCCUCUAAAAGAAAAAUCCAACAAACUCCAUUGUCAGACAAGGAUCAAGAAGAGAGGGCUAGGAAGUGUGGGUUUGUCCAAGGGCUGCUGCUGUCUACUUUUCUGGAUGACAAUUUAUGAGUUUCAGGGAGUUUUGUAGCUCUGAUGAUGCUAUUAUAUGUCAUUACUGGAACUGUAGUUGAGGGAAGAAGAGAAUGCUCUUAAACAUUUGUUGGUGGAAGUAGUUGAGACACAGGAACAUUAUUGCAUUCCCAGUUGUAUGUAAAACGUAUGUUUAUAUUAUUGAAAAGUGGAACUGCUUUAUUUUCCCGGAUCAUGUUAUUGCAAA